AUGGUAACGACGCUCGGCCCAAAGAUGGCGGCCGAGUGGGGUGAAGGAACGGGCUUCUCGGGUUCAGGCCCGGGCCCUGACUGCGGGCGCUGGAGAGGUUCUUUGUGGGUCCGAGGCGUCUUACUCCUGUUGGGCGGGCUCUGGGCAAGCGCCACAUCUAUUCCUGUCUCCUUGGGCAGUUCCCCUCCCUGCCAGCACCACGUCCCCUCUGACACUGAGGUCAUAAAUAAGGUCCAUCUUAAAGCAAAUCAUGUUGUAAAAAGAGAUGUUGAUGAACAUUUAAGAAUCAAGACUGUCUAUGAUAAAAGUAUUGAAGAGUUGCUCCCUGAGAAAAGAUACCUUGUAACGAACAAACUUUUUCCACAAGCUAUUUCUUAUUUAGAGAAGACUUUUCAGGUUCGUAGACCUGCGGGCACAAUCUUACUUAGCAGACAAUGUGCAACAAACCAAUACCUACGGAAGGAUAAUGAUCCCCAUAGAUACUGUACUGGAGAAUGUGCAGAGCACACAAAAUGUGGCCCAGUUAUAGUACCUGAGGAGCACCUCCAGCAAUGCAGGGUCUGCCGUGGGGGUAAGUGGCCCUGUGAAGCAGUGGGUGUGCAAGACCAAGAGGGCAUCCUGGAUGCAGACUUUGUUCUUUAUGUUGGUGCUCUGGCCACUGAGAGGUGCAGCCAUGAAAACAUCAUCUCUUAUGCAGCCUAUUGCCAGCAGGAAGCAAAAAUGGACAGGCCAAUAGCAGGAUAUGCUAACCUGUGUCCAAAUAUGAUCUCUACCCAGCCUCAGGAGUUUGUUGGGAUGCUGUCCACAGUGAAACAUGAGAUUAUUCAUGCCCUGGGUUUCUCUGCUGGGCUAUUUGCAUUCUACCAUGAUAAAGAUGGAAAUCCUCUAACUUCAAGAUUUGCAGGUGGUCUCCCACCUUUUAAUUACAGUCUUGGAUUAUAUCAAUGGAGUGAUAAAGUAGUUCGAAAAGUGGAGAGAUUAUGGGAUGUUCGAGAUAAUAAGAUAGUUCCUCACACUGUAUAUCUUCUAGUAACACCUCGUGUUGUCGAUGAAGCACGAAAACAUUUUAACUGUCCAAUACUGGAGGGAAUGGAACUUGAAAAUCAAGGUGGUAUGGGCACUGAGCUCAACCAUUGGGAAAAGCGGUUAUUAGAGAAUGAAGCAAUGACAGGUUCACACACGCAGAACCGAGUCCUGUCUCGAAUCACUCUGGCAUUAAUGGAGGACACUGGCUGGUACAAGGCGAAUUACAGCAUGGCUGAGAAGUUAGACUGGGGCCGAGGAAUGGGCUGUGACUUUGUCAGGAAGAGCUGUAAAUUCUGGAUUGAUCAGCAGAGACAAAAGAGGCAGAUGCUGAGCCCUUACUGUGACACGCUCAGAAGUAAUCCAUUGCAGCUAACCUGCAGGCAGGACCAGAGGGCAGUUGCAGUGUGUAAUUUGCAGAAGUUUCCGAAACCUUUACCUCGAGAGUACCAGUACUUUGAUGAACUCAGUGGAAUACCUGCAGAAGAUUUGCCUUAUUAUGGUGGUUCAGUAGAAAUUGCUGACUACUGCCCUUUCAGUCAGGAAUUCAGCUGGCAUUUAAGUGGCGAAUAUCAGCGCAGCUCAGAUUGUAGAAUAUCAGAAAAUCAACCAGAUCUUUUUAAAAACUAUGGUGCUGAAAAGUACGGACCUCAUUCAGUUUGUCUAAUUCAGAAGUCAGCGUUUGUCAUGGAAAAGUGCGAGAGGAAGCUGAGUUACCCAGACUGGGGGAGUGGAUGUUAUCAGGUUUCUUGUUCUCCACAAGGUCUGAAGGUUUGGGUCCAGGACACUUCAUAUUUGUGUAGUCGGGCCGGGCAAGUCCUCCCUGUGAGUAUUCAGAUGAACGGCUGGAUUCAUGAUGGAAACCUGCUCUGCCCGUCGUGUUGGGACUUCUGUGAGCUCUGUCCUCCAGAAACAGAUCCGCCAGCUACUAACUUGAGCCGAGCUCUACCACUGGAUCUCUGUUCCCGUUCCUCUAGCCUGGUGGUCACCCUCUGGCUUCUGCUGGGCAAUCUAUUUCCUCUGCUGGCUGGAUUUCUUCUGUGUGUAUGGCACUAGGAAUGGAAAAGUGGAUUCUCAAGACAUUCCUUUGUGUCAUGUUCCUCUGAACAAAGCACAAAAUCUGGGUGAGUGAGAGCCUAUGAAGACGGCGGAAGUGGCAUUCCUGACUUCGGCUUGGCAGCGUUGACCACGAUCAGAGCGUGAAGCAGAGCUUCCCCUCAGUCACUCUUCAGCAGCCCAACAGCCUCAGAGCCUGGAGAGGAGGGAAUGCCAAGUUACCAAGUCUCUUUAGUUUUUAAGAUACACAACUUUCCUGAAGUUUUCUUUUGAAAAGGAAAUAAUCAGUGACAUUUUCGGAGUGAUUACAUACCUCAGCAUUUUCAUUAACCUAAAAUGAUAAGGAGUUCAUCAACACUGCAGUAAUUUAAAGAACAGCUAAUUAUUGCAAGAUUGUAAGCUGUGGAUCCUGUCCUCAAAAGUAUAGAUUGUCUUUUGACUUCAAGAAAAUAAUUGAAUUGGGAUUUCUACAUCACUGUUGUACCUGUUUUGAAUUUAAUGGCUAUACAUGGUACCCUAAAAUCAUUGUUGUCAUUGUUCUAAAAAGUUUUUUGUAAUUAUGUUUUGCUGAAUCUUAUGAUGUAACCAUGCUUACCUUUUUCAAACCAGCUGUGUGGCCAUUACCCCUGAACCGUUGUGUGCUGGUAGCUCUCUUCCACCUGUGUCUGUGCUUAGUGCUCUUCUGUGCUCAGCUUCCAACUAUAUUCUCCGUUAAGUUAAUAAUGACUUGAAAAACUGUGGACGCAGAGAGAGAAAGAUUCUCUGCCCUGUAAAGACAUUGAAGACAUGCAAACAGAAGAAAACCUAUUUUAUGUUUUUCAGAUAAUAGUUAUGACAACUGUAAUCCGACAAAAGCAGAACUAUUCCUUUUUGACCAAUGGAGAUAAAAAGAAAUUCUGGUGUAGACAGGUGUGCAGUUACUUUCAAGUGAGCUUAGAAAUUGUUACAGAAGAAUUUCUACUAUCUGAAAAUUAUUUUGUAUAUAAGAAGAAGAAUAUAAGCAAAACAAGAUGGUCUGAAUUGUUUACUGAUAGCAAAGUGUAGGUUUGGUGUAGGGUCUGUCCAGUAGGGUCCACUUUACCGCACAACAUAUGACAGUUCACAGAAGUCAGAAGAUUGCCUCUGCUUUAGAAGGAAGCGAUGUCCUUUACCUCCUGUGUUCGACACUCCUUCUGUUACUACACAGACUCUGGGCCCCAGAAGCGAUUCUGCUCUGCUGCCGGAGCUUAUACUAACCCCGCUUAGUAAUUCCAGUUAGAAAUUCUUUAAUGAUAAGUGAUGCACAGUUUUUUCUCUCUAAAGUCCUCUAGCAUUAUAAACAUGGUCCUUGGACAAACAUUUAUUCAUUCAUUCAUUCAUUCGUGCAUUCAUUGUUUGGCCCUUUAACUCAGCAUAUAGUUAUUGAGCACUCCAUUUAAGAAAUUGUGCUAAGUAGCAAGCAGCAUAAUUAGUGAGGAGUAAUUCCAACUGACUGUUUGGCAUUGGAGCCAAACUGCAACGCCAGUAUAAAGGAAAGUCACCUUUUUCUAAUGCAUCAAUUUAAAAUACCUGUUUGCAUGUGGUUUUAAGUUGGAGGUAUUUACCGUUGUGAAAAGCCGGGAAUCUCUAGCAUGGCCAACUUCAGCUACAGAGAAGCUAGUAGUAAUGGUGUCAGGCCAGUGCUCGGUUUUCCUCCCAUGUCAUGCAAACUUUAAAUUGUGCAAGGUCAGAGAAAAGUGUAGAGUAUAUUUUUAAAGAAAAUUAUAAAAAUCUAAACUUAUAUACCUAUUGUGAUUAUGAAUCAUCUUGUAAAGUUGUAUAAAGAAUUUCACCAAAAAUACUAUGGAUUAAUAAUAUAUUUGAGAUUCACAGUGAUAGGUUCAAUUAUAUUUUGAACGUUGUGCAGUAAUGCCAUUUAGGUAGCAUUGUUUCCGAGCAUGGUGCUUUUUAUACUUGAAAUAUAUUUUUUGCUUUAUUUUUUAUUGAUAUAAAUAUAUUUGCACUAAUGACUUUCUGGAGAAAAUAUUAUAGAUGACAUUUUUUCUAUAUAUAUUUAUUAAACUUGGAAUCUGGUAGCCCAGUGUUUUCUCUGCACGAAUAUGAAACUUGAUAAAGUAUGAUGUUAAGAAAUCUUGAGUUUCUGAGGGUAGCUGACUGUGCUGGUGUCUUCCUUCCUCUUGACCAAGUCUCGAAAGUGGUUAUCACUGAUUCUGCAUAGUAUAUUCAGUGAAGAUUUAGAGGGCCACUGAACCUGAAAGAAAUUUUGAGGCGUGUUUCAGUCACUUAGAAUAUAGCAAUAUUCUAAAAACAAAGACUUUUAAAAUCCGAGAUUUCCGUGCAGAAUUGAGUGGGCUAGAAUUCAGCUUAGAACUGAAGAAUAUGAAAUAGCCUGAAUGUUGGUAUCCUGAGGCAGGUGACGCCCUUGAGGUUAACAGGACUAGUUCACUGAGGAAGAGACCAGCAGCCUGCAGCCAGGGUGGAGGUGAGGUGAGCGGAGAGGGAGCCCGGGAAGGGGCUGGUUUGGGGAUAGGAGACUGGAGACCCUUUCUGACUCAAAAAGGGUCAAGUGCUUAUAAAAACUGACUACCUCAGUUUUCAGUUCAGACUUAGGUUCAUUUUGAUAGUAUUAAGGUCCCAAUUGUCAAAAUUAUCAAGUGAAUUUGUCUCUCAGGUUUUCAAGAACAGAAUUUACAAGAAGGAAACAAAAGCCAUGUCAGCAGACUUGAGCUGGCAGCUUUAGAGAAACUGGCUAGCAGUUAGGUCCUCUGAGUGGAGACCCCUCUAAUAUUCUCCUGGAAAACAUCCUUUCCCUUUCUUCUUUCUUAAGGAUACUUAUUUUUGUUAAGACCAAAUAGACAUUCUAAAAAUGUUAUAAAUUAUGCUUAAAAUUAGUUUUAGCCUGAUACGUUGGCUUAGAGUUUUAUCAAUAUUUGAAGAUAAAACAUAAAUUAAUUAAGUUUAAAUAGUUUUAGGAAGAUACAUAAGUAAGUAUACCAGAGACUGCAUAAAAUUUUAUCAACAUUCUCUUCAAUAUUAGAAGACUCCCUGAUUAAGGCCAUCUGUAAAAUGACUUGAUGCUUUCUCAGAAUCUUUCCAGCUCUAAUAUUCCACGGCUAAUACUCCUCCAGAAUGGCUAGGUCACCACUGGCUCUGUCUGACCCACCUCCUGGAGGAGGCCAGCUUGCACGUCAUGUUCAUCGCAGUGUCUUGUGCUCGAUGUCUUAGCGCUGUCCAUGUUCUUGAACACUGAAUGAAGAGAAGAGCCCGUCUCGGAGGGCGCUUGAGUAGCCCUGGCAGGAGGAGGUGGACGUCAGUCACAGCCCCACAGACCCGUUUCAUAGUGGGCACCAGUCAUUCGAGCCAUGUCCUUGCAGCUGGGGAGGACUAACACUUAAACCAAGUCUGCUAUUCAUCCUGAAGAAAGAACUUACCUGAAUGGAAGACCUUCUUUUGGAUCCAUUUAGUCAGGGUUGGGGAGGGAGUGGUGAAUUAUUUUCUUUUAUGUUUACGUUUUUAAUAAAUAAAAUAGAAGAUUUAAUAACUAAUCUUUAUUUAUGGUAUUGAACUUUAAGUGUAAUAUACUCCUUAGAAAAAUGUAACUUUAAUAAAAAUGGAAACUAA